GCCGGGACGAGCGGCUGGAGCUGGGCCUCCGCCACGAGAGGCCAGCGAGGGCUGUCUUCCUGGGCCGGCGUCUGGGUGAAGGGCGGUGGGAGGCGACGGUGGCCUGCGCUGUGGCCAUGUCUGCGUCCGCAGGGGUCCGAGAGUCUGACCUGCGUCCUCCGGCCGACCUCGGCCGGACACCUGCGCCCUCCUGGGGGUCCGGCAGAGAGCAGUGACCGGCAAUCUCUGUGCGUCCUGGGCCCCUCCGGAGAAACAGGAGAGCCCAAGGGAUGGCUGCUGACAUGGAGAGGAACAGGAGCAGCGAAUGCCCCGAUGGCACCCUGGCCCCUUCUGAUGGGCAGAGUAUGGAGAGAGCUGAGAGCCCCACACCAGGACUGGCUCAGGGAAUGGAGCCAGGUGCCGGGCAGGAGGGUGCCAUGUUCGUCCAUGCACGUUCCUAUGAGGACCUGACUGAAUCGGAGGAUGGGGCAGCUUCUGGGGACAGCCCCAAGGAGGGUGUUGGGGGUCCUCCACCACUGCCUACAGACAUGCGACAGAUCAGCCAGGACUUCAGCGAGCUGAGCACCCAACUGACGGGUGUGGCCCGAGACCUGCAGGAGGAGAUGCUGCCAGGAAGCUCUGAGGACUGGCCAGAGCCUUCAGGGGCAGCUGGCCGGCCAGCCACAGAAACCCCCAGGGAGGGCACAGGCGAGGGGGAUGAGGAGGAGGCUGCUGAGGCAUGGCGACUGCACCAGAAGCACGUCUUCGUGCUGAGCGAGGCGGGGAAGCCUGUGUACUCCCGCUAUGGGUCAGAGGAGGCACUUUCCAGCACCAUGGGUGUCAUGGUGGCCCUGGUGUCCUUCUUGGAGGCAGACAAGAACGCCAUCCGUUCUAUCCACGCAGAUGGCUACAAGGUAGUAUUCGUGCGCCGGAGCCCACUGGUGUUGGUGGCAGUGGCGCGCACGCGGCAGUCGGCGCAGGAACUGGCGCAGGAGCUGCUCUACAUCUACUACCAGAUCCUGAGCCUUCUUACCGGUGCCCAGUUGAGCCACAUCUUCCAGCAGAAGCAGAACUACGACCUUCGGCGCCUGCUCUCUGGCUCGGAGCGCAUCACCGACAACCUGCUGCAGCUAAUGGCACGAGACCCCAGCUUCCUCAUGGGGGCAGCGCGCUGCCUGCCCCUGGCGGCGACCGUGCGCGACGCGGUGAGUGCCAGUCUGCAGCAGGCGCGAGCGCGCAGCCUUGUCUUCUCCAUCUUGCUGGCGCGCAACCAGCUGGUGGCGCUCGUGCGCCGCAAGGACCAAUUCCUGCACCCCAUCGACCUGCACCUGCUCUUCAACCUCAUAAGUUCCUCCUCGUCCUUCCGUGAGGGAGAAGCCUGGACGCCCGUGUGCCUACCCAAAUUUAAUUCCGCCGGCUUUUUCCACGCACAUAUCUCUUAUCUGGAGCCUGACACCGACCUGUGCUUGUUGCUCGUCUCCACCGACCGGGAGGACUUCUUUGCAGUCUCUGACUGCCGCCGCCGCUUUCAGGAGCGCCUGCGGAAGCGCGGAGCCCACCUGGCGCUGCGGGAGGCACUGCGCACGCCCUACUACAGUGUUGCCCAAGUGGGCAUCCCGGACCUGCGCCACUUCCUCUAUAAGUCAAAGAGCUCAGGACUCUUCACCAGCCCUGAGAUUGAGGCCCCGUACACCAGUGAAGAGGAGCAGGAGCGGCUGCUGGGCCUCUACCAAUACCUGCACAGCCGGGCCCAUAAUGCCUCCCGCCCACUCAAGACCAUCUACUACACGGGCCCCAAUGAGAACCUCCUGGCCUGGGUGACAGGUGCCUUUGAGCUCUACAUGUGCUACAGCCCUCUGGGGACCAAGGCAUCUGCCGUCAGUGCCAUCCAUAAGCUGAUGCGCUGGAUCCGCAAAGAAGAAGAUCGCCUCUUCAUCCUCACGCCCCUCACCUACUGAUGGGGAUAUGUGUGGGUUCAGCCCUCUUAGGCACACUGGGCCAUGGAAGCUAUGGGAGCCUCCACAUGGGCUGGCCUCUCUUGCCCAGGCAGCAAACAAGCAGGGACUGUGGGUUGGGGCAUGCAUUAAAGUGCUCUGGGGAAGACACUCA